AUGGAGCCUUCCAGUGAAGAGUUUGUGGAAACCCAGGUUCCUAGCAACAUUCUUGGAAAAUUUAAGCGACCGUUGACGUAUAUUGGAAUUCUGACCCUUGGCUGGAGUAUUGUCAUGACACUCACAUGUGUCGUGAAAAAUUUCACUAGACUUGUAGUUAUCCGCUUUCUGCUCGGUUGGACUAGUGCCUUAGUUGGUACAUUUUCGGUCCUGAAGCUGGACGGUAUCGGCGGGCUUGAAGGCUGGGGGUGGAUCUUCCUUGCUGAAGGCGCAGCUUCCGUACUUCUAGGAGUUGCCUGCUGUUUCAUUCUAGUUGACACCCCGUCGCUCUCCACCAGCUGGCUCGAGCCACAAGACAUCUGA